AUGACUGAGCAGCAGCAGCAGCAGGCGGCGCUUCGAGAGGCGCUAGACCAGCAUCUGCGUGGCUUGGGCAUCGAAGCGCUCUGCGUGGAGCACCCCGAAGUGUUCACAGUUGAAGAGAUGAUGCCUCACGUGCAGCAUUUGAAAGGAGCGAUCAGCAAAAACCUUUUCCUUAAAGACAAGAAGAAAAAAGUAUUAUGGUUGGUGACAGUUCUGCAUGACAGGCAAAUCAAUUUAAACAACUUGGCAAAGAAACUGGGUGUCGGCAGUGGGAACCUGCGCUUUGCUGAUGAAGCAACCAUGUUGGAUAAACUGAAAGUUGGCCAGGGUUGCGUAACGCCUUUGGCUCUCUUCUGUGACCAGGGAGAUGUAAAGUUUGUGUUGGAUGCUGCCUUUCUGGAAGGAAGUCAUGAGAGAUUGUAUUUUCAUCCAAUGACAAAUGCAGCAACCAUGGGACUAUAUCAAGAUGACUUCCUAAAAUUUCUUAAGUCUACUGGACAUGAGCCUAUACUUGUGCAUUUUGAUGAUGUAACAUUAUGAUAUCACUU